AUGCGCAUGAAUCGCAACCUUGCUCAAUUCCGAGAUAUCGAUCGUCAUAGAUCCAGUCGAAGUGGAUCGCCCCAACUACAGGAUGAAGCAUGCUUACACUUUUGGAAAGAACUUGUAGCCAAUUGGGAAAAUAGGACCGAAAUAGUGAACUAUUGUGUUGACGUUGUUGAAGCGACUAUGGAAACCAAACGACAAGCUCUCGCAGGUCAAGAUCCCAAGUUGGACGAAAAUCGAAGGACAGCAUCGUCUCUCUAUACAGAUGAAGUAAAGCGAAACCAAAUGCGAAAUGAAUUGACCGUAGAAGCCAUCAUCCGACAACGCUCUUUAGACGGUGUAGAUUCUUCGAGCCCUCGAUCUCUGACACACGCUCCAGGCACUGGUGGGAUUCUGCGCACGCCGGCCGCUAGCAUUACCUGCCAAUGCUUCCUGGCAUACUCUCCGCGCCAAAAUAUCACUACCCACUUAUAA